AUGUUUCCAUCAGUCAAUAAUUUGCUAUUGACACCAAAUCUACAGAAAUCUACUACUAGAAAGAAAAGAGAAAGGGAAAGAAAAAAAAGUAAAAGGUGACAGUACGACUUGAGCCCACGGCCCAUCUCAGAGCUACUUUCGGCCCAGUGUGCACAUGCCAACGUGCAGAGCACGAGCAGAGCAGCACAGGCCGCGACCAGGACUCGACGCAUCCACGGGGCCCACAUUUCAGAGACUAUAUCCCCAAGCCUUGCCACAUGCCACCACUUCUCCACUACCACUUCCGCUCUUCUGCCAGCCAAGCACAAGUAGCAUCUCUGCAGGAAGAUUGCUUGCAUUCCUGAUUAUUUUCUUCUCUUCUUCUCUGUUCUUCUUCCUCCCCUCCGGUGCCACCGUGUUCUUCUUCUUUCGAAGAUGGUGUAUAGCCCGACAAUUGUAGGCAAUGCACAUUGCUGACUUUUCAGUUUGAACUCCUGCAACUUUGAUCUUGUCCUGUUUGCAACAACAGCGAUGAUCAGCAGGGACCCACCCACACACAUUCAGGCGUGCGAACUGAUCAGGUCUUUUGUGCAUUGGAAGAGAAGGUGAAAGAGACAUCAGCUUUGGAGGAAGAGGGGAGAGGAGGGGCUGGCUAACCGGCAGCUGAAGAAGUGUGGCGGAAGAAAGGAGGAGGAUGCUGCAGCGGGCGGCGAGCAACGCCUACUCAUGGUGGUGGGCGAGCCACAUCCGCACCAGGCAGUCCAAAUGGCUCGACAGCAACCUCCAAGAUAUGGACGACAGGGUCAAGUGCAUUCUCCUACUCCUCGGAGAGGAAGCAGAUUCUUUUGCAAAGAGGGCAGAAAUGUAUUACCAGAGGCGGCCAGAGGUGAUCAGUUCCGUGGAAGAAGCUUACCGGGCAUACAGAGCUCUUGCCGAACGCUAUGACCACAUGUCAGGAGAGCUACACAAAGCAAACCACACAGUUGCAACUGCAUUCCCUGACCAGGUUCAGUACUCUAUGCUAGAAGAGGACGAUGACAGCCUCCCAAAGGCGUUCACGACGGUUGAUCCUCGUAAGAUCCGCAAGUCAACGGUCGAGGGGCUAAUGAAAAAGAAGAAAGGAGAUAAAUCAGGACCGAAGGGUGGAGGAGCCAACUCUGCAGGUCCAGUCAACAAGGAUAACGCGCAAUCGGAGAUCAGCAGGAAGCAGAAAGAGAUAUUGGUGCUGCAGACGGAGAAAGAGUUUAUCAAGAGCUCUUACGAGAGCGGAAUAGCGAAAUACUGGGAUCUCGAAAAGCAGAUCAAUGACAUGCAUGAAGAAGUCUGCUACUUCCAAGAGGAGUUCAGCGAAAGCGCCGUGAUUGAAGAUGAUGAGGCCAGAGCCCUGAUGACAGCAAGUGCACUUAAAUCUUGUGAAGACACCAUUUCCAAACUGCAGGAACAACAGAAGUUAUCGUUCAGCCAGGCAAUGGUUGAACUGGAAAGGGCCAACGUUUCAAGAGAUAAACUGAAGAAUAUCAUGAAAAAGCAUGGUAAAGUCCUGUCAGAUUCAGGAAAUUCUCUCUACGAGAAUGCGGCAAAUGAUGCCAGCGUUGAGAUGGAUGAUGUGUACUCUAUGAAGCAGCAGAAAAUCGAAAUGGAAGCAAUAGUAGACAAGAUCAAGGAGUAUUUUCAGAAAGACACUGAUAUUUCCGUGGCAGAGAUCGCAGAAAAAAUCGAUGAUAUAGUCAAUAAGGUUGUUGAUUUGGAACUUAUGGUUUCAUCACAGACUGCGAAGAUAGAUAGGCUGUGUCUGGAAAACACAGAUCUGGAGAAGUCCUUGCAUGAACUGGAGGAAGUGAAGGCAGUAGUAACAAGUGGCUCAGGUGAAUUGAACGAGAAGCUCGAGAAGGCAGAAGAUGAGCUGAUGAGAGUGCAGUAUCUUGAGAGCUCCUUCCAUGAAGAAGAAAGUAUAGUUUAUUCAAAUUUCGCUGAAACUGUAACUAGUUUCUGUGGUAUUACAGAUAUGUUGCAGUCACCUCUCAUUGAGCACCAAACUGACCCGGUGCUCACACAGGCUGAUGAAGCAACACCAUCCAACCACACCGAACCAUUUGGCGAGUGUGAGAAAAUAAAACCAGAAGAUGAAGAUAAUCAGGACAAAGCUACACAAAAGGCUGAGCUAGAUGGAUUUGCAGAUUGCUCUGGUCAGUCAGAUUUAGCGAUCAUCAAUGAUGAUUCAGAGGAUUUGUGUCCCUUUGAGACUGAAGGGAAAUCAAGAUUUGCCGCUCCAUCAUUAGAUAAGGGAACAGAAGAAAAUGCAGAUAAUGAUACAUUUGGUGAACAUGGCAAUGAAGAAGUGGAAUAUGCUCAUGGAGUCAUUGACACCAGCAUGCAACCACAUGUUACACAUUCCCAUGAGCAAGGGUCGCUGGAUCUGUUGGAUCAUAUUUCAUAUGAAGGCCCAGAAGAUCACAACCUAAAACAAGUAGAUGACAAGCAAGAUUCGUCAUCAGCUGACCAUAUCAUUUCUGAAGACCACUCAGAACAAAAGAUAAAGAAAGCAGAUGAUUGUUGGCUUUGA